UUUUCUCCUCUCCUCCAUACCAUGGACCAUAUACCAACGGAAACCACUCCAUUAGUGGUUAAGGCCGUCAGUCCUCCACAACGAAAACGAGCAACAAAAGCAACCUCAACACACUGGUUAUUGUUAUUUUUUGCUUGUUAUUCUACACUUGGUGGAUACUACUGUAUGGAAUUGCCUUCCGCAAUCAAUCUUCAAUUGAAUGAACGGCUCGGGUCUUCGUAUGAGAACUGGCAAUAUCAAUUGAACCUUCUGUUCGCUGUUGCAACCAUACCCAACAUUGUCGUACCAAUAUUUUCUGGUCUGCUGGUCGAUGUAUUCAGCUUGAGGACGCUUUUCACUAUUUUUACAGCUUUGGUGGUUAUUGGUCAAGCGAUUUUCAGCAUUGGUGUCUCCUACUCGAACUUUCCCAUAAUGGUCUUCGGACGCUUUGUCACCGGUGUCGGAUUUGGAGCCAACGAUCUUGUUCAGUGCAAAAUCACAACCGACUGGUUCAAAAGCAACUUUUUAGCCUUUGCUUUGGCUAUGAAUCUGACAUUUGGUCGAUUAGGGACCGCCGCCAACUUCAACAUCACGCCAAUGCUAUUAGAUAAGUUCGGAUUCGACGAGGCACAGGCUUGCUGGUUUGGUUUAGUAGUUGCUCUGACAAGUGGUCUCGCUGUCCUCGUUACAAACUACUUGGAUCGACCGGAAUCUCGUGCAGCUGCUGGCGUAGCUCUUGAAGGUGUGAUUGAAACCGUGCCUGACAGCGACAACUUCAACGUUGAUCAUGAUAAAGUCAGCUGCUCGGACUUCUCGAGACUUGGUACCAUGUUCUUUGCAUUGCUGAUAUGUGUCAUGGCUUUAUACGGUGCAUGCCAACCUUUCUUGCACAUUGCGUCGGACCUUUUACAGACCAAGUAUUUCCCGAAUGAUCCUAUACGUGCAGGCGUUCUGCAAUCCAUCCCUGACAUUCUAUCCGCUAUGUUGUGCCCUAUAUUCGGCUUAAUGGUAGACAGGAUAGGACGACGAUCACGAAUUAUUGGAUUAGCAGGCUUCUGUCUAUGCGCAUCGCACCUCAUCAUCGCCUUUACCGACGUAACUCCAGUUAUACCCCUCGUCAUGUUCGGCAUAUCCUACGCUGCAGGAACAACCGCUCUUUGGCCCUCGGUCAGUUUGCUUGUGCCUGCAGAUCGCCUGGGCACUGCUAUAGGUGUUGGCGAAUCGGCACUCAAUACCAGUUUAACCGUCGUUCCGAUUAUCGUGGCUGCCCUCAGUACCAAAGGCAGCUUUUUGAAAGUUGAACUUUUCUUUGCUACCUUGUCUGCUGUGACAGUCAUAAUAUCCGCCUAUAUGUACAUAGCAGGUAAAAAAUCCGGCGGAGCAAUGGAACAGACCAUUUUUGGAGAACCUGUGGAAGAUGAGGAACGAUAGAUCCUCGUGCUUCCCAAUAUAUAGACCCUGUCAUUUUUUUCUUUUACAUUUUCACAUUGUACAUUAUUAUCAAUCUGGUAUGU